GAUCAGCAGCACGUUGACCGGCAAUAAGCAGCUUCUGCUUCCGCGUUCAACAUGCUGCUGAUGUCCGGCUUUGGGCUACGCAGGGUUCGGGGGAUGGGUGUCCUCUGCCGGUGUACUGCAGCUCCGGGGGUGCGGGCUCCGGAGGCUUUCAGCACUGUUGAAUAUCCAGCUACCUCAAGUAUGUACAGCCCGCACCCUCUGCUGCUGAUAUCCGGCAUGCUGCUGCUGGUUGUCCCCCCGCCCGGCUCGGCCACACAGCUGUAUGGUGAGAAGGGCAUCUCAGUUCCUGAGGUUUAACACAUAUGCCUCAGAAAAUGGCCUCUGCGGUAAUCGAUACUAAUGCUUACCGUGACAGUAACAGCGGGGAGGAAGGUGCACAUCGGAAUCCUGCAGCAUGAAACAAGAACCCCUUCAGAGCGCAGCAGACCACACUGAAAAGGGUGCAUACCCGGUGCGGUGCUCUGCAUCCCGGGUCGUGCCGAAGAUGUGGAGUGUCGGAGGUGGCAGAAGCGCCGCAGCUUGGGAUUAUCCAGAAAACACGUCUGAAGAGGACAGACCUUUGACUGAAGAGGUCCACAACACAUUAUAUCAAUAAAGCCGUUCUAAAUACACCAUGUCCAGUGAAGACAGCAGCAAAGAGACCCCAUCGAAUGAGUGUCCCGUGUGUUAUGAGCGUCUGCAGAACCCCAGUAUUUCUGAGAGGAGGUUGAGCUGUGGACAUUCUUUCUGCCAUGACUGUCUGGUAAAGUAUCUAAUGACUGCCAAAAAGGAGGGUUCUAUAAAGAAGAAUAUAAUUUGUCCUCUAUGCCGCUAUGUGACAUUUCUUAGCAAGAGGGGCCUUAUUUUGCCACCAAAAACUGGAGAACUCAAUCAGAUCUUGGAGGUUCCUUUCACUCCAUCAUGCCUUAGGCACUCUGCAAUUCUAGGAACCCCCAACACACUAGUUAUCCCUAUCCAGGAGACAACUGAGUCUAACAGUCUUCAAGACCUCUCAAGAUGCACAUGCCCUGGCGAUACCAAUAUAGAUCUAACAGGCCACACAUGUGGCUCUCAAGUCUUUGUUAUCAGUGACCAAGGACAACCAAUGGAGAGUGAGGACAUUGUCACCACUGCACCAACACAUCACGUGGACGCCAGAGUCAACUGCUGCCGCUCGCCAUCUUUAAUCAUGAUUCUCUUAUUGAUAUUUCUUGUGGCUGUCUUGGCUGCAGUACUUCCAUGGAUACUGCUGGUCAAAAAAACGUGAAGAGGACAGUUUGGACUUUGGACCACAAGAAAAAUGUUUCUAGCACUAAUCAAGAGUAUUCUUGCUAACAGACAGAUGUCUCGUAUGAGGUGGUCAUCAUAUACAGGUGUAUCUUGCCUACUCUGGUGGUAUACGAUUCCUCAGGAGAAAAAUUUCAGUAUGAGUUCUGGAGAUAAGUGGGGUAUAUCAAUCUGUUUGAACAGAGCACACAAUUAAAACAAGAGAGAUAGUAGAUACUAAAAACAAUGUGGCAGCCAGCACAACAGGGUGGCCUAUGCCGGCCCCACCCACUAAACCCAUGACAUGAUGAUGUCACGCCUAGGGGGCAGGUCAACCGACUCUUAAGUAGGGCUCAGCUCCACAGGUUGCAGUGUGCUAUUUCAGGCACCUUGCGGGCUAUAUGCAGGUCCUGUAGGACAGCACCCCCAGGUCCCCAUGUGAAGGCACACCCUUAGUUGGGGGCCUGGUGUGCAGUUUACACAUUCACUUGCCAGGCAAAGGCAGAACAUUUAUACUAGUUACCAGCCUGUCAAAAUUACGGUACAACAUAACAGUAAGCUCAGCGCCGGUGGCUGUGAGCGCCCAAACGGAGCAACACUUGAAUUGCUCUGUCGGGCACUAUCUAGUGGCUGCCAUCGCACAAAACAUAUGAAUUCCCCCAUAGAGGUGAGGAGCAGCGUUAGCCUUUUAUUAUAUAGGAUGUAUCAUGUCAUCAGGUAUUUAACUAAUGACUUUGUUCUGUUGUGAAUCAGAAAUAAAAUUCUAUUGCCUUU